CCUCCCAGUUUACGCUGCCAGAGGUCCGUGUAUAGAAGCAAGAUGGCGGCGCUGGGCUCGGGGUGACCAGUCAAGAAGGAGCUGCUCAUGAUUUAAUUUUCUGAAUUGUAGCACAUUGUGACAGAUAACAAUAUAUUGAAGUCCCAUGUGCGCGUGUGCUUUACAUUUAAAUAUAGAUACACAUCGGGCCGAGUCAUCCGAAUGCACAUAUGAUACAUAACUAAAUAUACUUACAUGUGAUCUCUCGCACAGAGCGCCCAGUGUGUGCACAUAAUUGUAACCUAUGUGAUAGCCUGCAGUGCAGGGUUGUUUAACAAUUUAUAGUGUUAUUUGCCUGGGUGAUAAGCCUGUAUACUAUACAAACACAUAAACUAGCACAACCAUACCAAGAACGUCAGCUACUGCUCAUUUCCUCGCGUGUGACAUGUUAGACUGGAUUUGUCAGUAGAAUAAGCUGCACAUUGCGGGUUUACAGUGUUUAGCUAUCACCGCAGAGCUGUCAUAGUGUGUGCAUGGCCCGGGGGCAGUGACUGUGUAGUAGUUGAGUGAGUGCUUGUUGCUGGGUCUCGCAUGAGUUCCCCGGACCGGAGGCAGCGGCAGCAGGAGAGAGAGGGAGCCCCAGAGCCCGAGAAGAGGACACAUACUUCCUGCAGCAGCCCUGGACACGGCCCCGGGGGUGACAGAUCACCAGGAGAUCCUCAUUUAGACAACCUAGAAAAUAGCCGAAUGAAGCGAGCAGCUGCAAAGCAUCUAAUAGAACGCUACUACCACCAGUUAACUGAGGGUUGUGGAAAUGAAACCUGCACGAAUGAGUUUUGUGCUUCCUGUCCUACUUUCCUUCGUAUGGAUAACAAUGCAGCAGCCAUUAAGGCCCUCGAGUUAUAUAAGGUUAAUGCAAAACUCUGUGAUCCUCAUCCCUCCAAGAAAGGAACAAGCUCAUCUUAUCUAGAGAACAACUCGAAAAGUGCCCAUAACUCGUGCAAGGACCGAAAGAUGAACAAGAAAGAAAUACAUGGACCCAGAGAUGACUUUAAAGAUGUGACUUUCCUAUCUGAAGAAAAGGUAUAUGAAAUUCUUGAACUAUGUAGAGAAAGAGAAGACUACUCACCUCUUAUCCGGGUGAUUGGAAGAGUAUUUUCAAGUGCUGAAGCCUUAGUUCAGAGCUUCAGAAAAGCCAAACAGCAUACAAAGGAAGAGCUGAAAUCCUUACAAGAAAAGGAUGAAGACAAGGAUGAAGAUGAGAAAGAAAAGGCUGCUUCCUCAGCAUCUGCUAUGGAAGAAGAUUCUGGAGCAUCCUCCUCAAGACUAAAUGACAAUACACAAGGAGAUAACAACACACAAAAAUUAGGCCCUGAAGAAGUGUCUCUUGAUAUUGAAGCAGUCAGACGGGUCUAUCACAGGUUACUUUCUAAUGAAAAAAUAGAAUCUGCCUUUCUAAAUGCACUUGUGUACCUAUCUCCCAAUGUAGAAUGUGACUUAACGUAUCAUAAUGUUUACUCACGUGAUCCCAACUAUCUCAAUUUGUUUAUUAUAGUCAUGGAGAAUGGCAAUCUCCAUAGUCCUGAAUACCUAGAAAUGGCCCUACCCUUGUUUUGCAAAGCAAUGAGUAAAUUGCCAUUAGCGGCACAGGCUAAAUUGAUCCGACUUUGGUCAAAGUACAGUGCAGAGCAGAUUCGACGAAUGAUGGAAACAUUUCAGCAGCUAAUAACAUACAAAGUUAUCAGCAAUGAAUUUAACAGUCGCAAUCUAGUGAAUGAUGAUGAUGCCAUCGUUGCAGCAACAAAAUGUUUAAAAAUGGUUAACUAUGCAAAUGUAGUUGGUGGAGAGAUUGAAACGGACCAUAAUGAAGAGGAAGAUGAUGAGCCCAUUCCUGAGUCCAGUGAAUUAACUCUUCAGGAGCUGCUUGGGGAAGAACGAAGGAACAAGAAAGGGCCUCGAGUUGACCCCCUUGAAACUGAACUUGGUGUUAAAACUAUAGAUUGCCGAAAACCUCUAAUACCCUUUGAAGAAUUUGUAAAUGAACCACUAAAUGAUGUUCUUGAAAUGGACAAAGACUAUACUUUCUUUAAAGUAGAGACAGAAAAUAAAUUCUCUUUUAUGACCUGUCCUUUUAUCCUAAAUGCAGUUACCAAGAAUCUAGGUCUGUACUAUGACAACAGAAUCAGAAUGUACAGUGAAAGGCGAAUCACUGUUCUUUAUAGUCUAGUACAAGGGCAACAGCUCAACCCAUACCUGAGACUCAAAGUCCGGAGAGAUCACAUCAUCGAUGAUGCACUGGUUAGGCUAGAGAUGAUUGCCAUGGAAAAUCCUGCAGAUCUAAAGAAACAGUUGUAUGUGGAAUUUGAAGGAGAACAAGGGGUAGAUGAAGGAGGUGUUUCGAAAGAGUUUUUCCAGCUGGUUGUGGAGGAAAUCUUUAACCCAGAUAUUGGUAUGUUUACCUAUGACGACUCAACUAAAUUCUGUUGGUUCAAUCCAUCUUCCCUUGAGACUGAAGGGCAAUUUACCCUUAUAGGGAUAGUUCUGGGCCUGGCUAUUUAUAACAAUUGCAUUCUUGAUGUGCAUUUUCCGAUGGUUGUUUAUAGAAAGCUCAUGGGCAAAAAAGGAACUUUUCGUGAUCUUGCUGACUCUCAUCCUGUUCUGUAUCAGAGUUUAAAAGAAUUGCUUGAGUAUGAAGGCAGCGUUGAAGAUGAUAUGAUGAUAUCGUUCCAAAUCUCUCAGACUGAUCUAUUUGGAAAUCCUUUAAUGUAUGAUUUAAAGGAAAAUGGAGACAAAAUACCCAUUACAAAUGAAAACAGAAAGGAAUUUGUUAGUCUCUAUACAGAUUAUAUUCUAAAUAAAUCAGUGGAAAAACAGUUUAAAGCUUUCCGAAGGGGCUUUCACAUGGUUACCAAUGAAUCUCCAUUAAAGUACCUGUUUAGACCAGAGGAAAUUGAACUUCUCAUCUGUGGAAGUAGGAAUUUGGACUUUCAAGCUCUAAAAGAAACCACAGAAUAUGAUGGGGGCUAUACCAGAGACUCAAAUAUUAUUAGAGAGUUUUGGGAUAUAGUAAAUUCCUUUACGGAUGAGCAGAAGAGACUAUUCCUUCAGUUUACAACAGGCACAGAUCGGGCACCUGUGGGAGGACUUGGCAAACUAAAGAUGAUUAUAGCCAAAAAUGGCCCAGAUACUGACAGGUUACCAACAUCACAUACAUGCUUUAAUGUUCUUUUGCUUCCGGAGUACUCCAGCAAAGAGAAACUGAAAGAGAGAUUGCUGAAGGCCAUCACCUAUGCCAAGGGAUUUGGCAUGCUGUAAAAACAAAAUAGCAAAAAAAAAUAAUAAUAAUAAAAAAAGCUUAAUAAACGACAUAACAACUGAUGUCUCAAUUUAAAAAAAUAUAUAUAUAUAAAAAAAGGCCAUAAGAUAGUGAGCUACAAGUAGUCAACUGUGUUUGUGCUCCCGUCUGAGCUUGGGGACAAUGGGCUGGAACAGCAGAUUUCAGCUGCUUGUAUGAACAAAGUCUUCUUUUCUCUUUUUUUUUUUUUUUUUUCCUAGCGUGAAAUUGUUAAAUAAUCUAUCACAUGUAUGUACAGAAAAGUUCUCCUGAAUAUUUAUUUUAAGGGUUAAAUCACUUUUGCUUGUGUUUAAUACUGCUUGAAGUCGUGCCUAUUUGAGUAUUGGAAAACAGGUGCCCUCUCAUGAAUAAUUGCCAUCAAUUAUCAGUUACGUGCUAUUUGUUUAUAACCUAAUCUACUCAAAUCAGGAUUUGUACUUUGUGGGGGGUUAUGUUUUUUUUUUUGUUUGUUUGUUUUUUAAUUAUUUUAUUAUACAGUUUUCUUAUAAAACUUGAAUUCAUGGAAACCAUUAUGAUGCAAUUACUGCUGUUCUAGCCCCAAAGAGUUUGUGAGAAGAAUGCCAUAGUUAAUAAAGAUGGGAGGGAGUAUCUGGAAUGUUUAACUGCAGCCUUGCAAACUUUUUACUUUAGUCACAGCACAAGAAAAAUUAAAGAAAAAAAAUAAUUUCACUGUUUGUUGUCCUCACGUCUCGUGAACUAUACUGUGUUUCAUUAGGAAAUCUGUUCUUGGUAUGUGAAGGGAUAGAGUUUAGGAUGGUUUUAUUUUUUGAAGAGUUUACUGGCGGAAAUGCAUUUUCUGUGGUAACACGGUGGGUUGUCGGACAAAAAAUAUUUGCUUUAUUAAAAAAAAAUAAUAAAAAAAAAAAAGCUUGCAAAAGUGCACUUAAAAUGAAGAAUAUUAAUUGCAUAUUAAGUUAACAUUUUAAAUAGACAAUCCAAAGUCUUCCCAGCAUAUUAUGUCAAUCUUUAUAAUUUUAUGUUUGUACUACAUAUUCAAGGCACAUGAUCAGUGCUGCAAUGUGAUUUCUAGUGACAUAUUCUUCUUAAACUGAUCUCCAGUUAGGAAAGUGAAUUGUAAAAACAAAAUAAUGUUAACACACUUUCAAAACUAUCCCAAUCUUUCUAAUUUCAGAAAACUAAUUGUCAUUCUGCAAUAUAUAGAACAAAUACAUAUAUUCACUUUAUAAAUCAAAUUUGAAUGUAUUUGUUUACCUUUCCUGGACUUUUACAUGUAUAAUGUUAAUUUGUCAUUUUGCAAUAUGAAAUAAAGGGAUUCUUCUUUUUUUUUUUUUUUUUUUUUUUUUUUUUAAAUAUAUAACUAGGGACACAAUAGGUUUAUCUUUUUUGCUCAAAUUGUUUAGAUGUGCAAAGCUGAGCUUGUGCCUUGAUAAUUGCUGAAACUAACCUUGAAAAUGUGACCUAUUUCAUUUUGAAACCAGCAAUAAAAAUGCAAGGUUAUCAGCAUUUUUCGAACCGUCUUAGAACUAUCACGGUUAAUCCUUAUAAAGAGUUUGAAGGCAGAAACCAUAUAAUUUUCCACUUUAUUGUCCUUUAAUAGGUUAGCACUAGCAAGCGAAACGCAGUGAAAAUAUAUAGGUAUGUUCAUGAAAAUUCUGUGAUGCUGCUGUUUACAGAACUUUGUACUAAAAACAUCUAGAACACACCGACUCGUUGACAAUAAAAUAUGUGAACCCUU